UACUUCACAUUUGCACUAAUGUUUACUACUCCCCAUCCCCCCCGCAAGAACUCCUCGCUCAUCCCAUUUCUAUAAUUCUAUUCUUCAGUGCACCAGCACAAGGCCAAGGCUCUCCUGCUACUUCCAUCCCCCACUACAAAAAAAAAAAAUGUCAAGCAAGUCUCCCAUUUUUCCUGUGUCAGAACCUCAACACUUCAGUGACUAUGGCUUUGAUCCUCAAAUUGAUUACUUUCAGGUGUUGGAGGAAGCAAGGAGGCACAAGAGGGAGACUUCGUCAAGAUCCUCCUCAUCCAUAGCCAUAGACGCACUACACUUCAAGCUUCAAAAGCCCAUCUCGAAGGAUGACUAUUCAUCGUCCAAGAAGAAGAUCAAGAAGAACAAGAAGCGGUGGUGGAAGAAUGCUCUGCUCUUCUUCAGCUGGAAAUGGACUUCACGCCACUCUGAGAAUGCUCUCGAGUACGGGGUCCACGGUAGACGCGCCAUCAGGGCAUCAAUCUCCGGACCCGUUUACGUUACCGAGAGUAGAAGUGGGUCCUCCACUCCUUUCCGGACAACCAGCCGCCCGUCCUCCGGUCCACUCGCCGGAACUCUGACUCCCGCAGACAAGGAUGAGGUGCAGAUUCCCUACAUUAGCCUUAGGGAGUUUAACAUGGACCAUCAGCACCAGCGGCACAGUGUGCCAACCUCCGCCGUGCCGAUAUAUUUGGUCACAUAAGGUUUUAAAAAAAAAAUGUAAAAGCAGAUGACAUAUCGUCAAUUAUAUAUCUUUAACAUUGUGGUGGGGUUUUCAAUAUUUCUUGAUACUUGUUGGGGCUCAUCUUUAGCCCUUUUGAAGUAUUAGCCCCCACCCCCACCUGCAAAACUACCUUUGUUGUUUCGUGUAGGUUGGACUUUGGAGGAACUAUAAAGCCUUCCUCUUUUUCUGUUUCAUGUUGGUUAUGGAUUGCUUCUCAUGACAUUUUGUGGUUAA